CAGCUUCAGCUCCUUUGCUCCAUAGUUUCUCCGAUCCACCACCAGGUGUCAUCACACUUUGCCAGAACCGGUUUUUCCUGCUGAAAAGUCUGUUGAGCUGUUUUAAAACCUUUGGACUCAGCUUCAGUUCUGUCUUUUUUUAUUUCCUCUUGUUCUGUUGUUUUAACUCGUUUGUCAACUUAAAGCAGCAGUUACUGCGUCCCACCUCUGUUUCCAUCUUUGGAUCCUGCAUCAGCAUCUCUGGCAUCUUCUACACAUCCUGUGUUUAACUUAUUUAAAAAAUCUGAUUAUAAUUUUUCAUUUGUUAUAUAUUCAACUAUAAGAAGAGAGAGAUAAAUAAACCAGUAGGCCUGUUUCAGGCCUGUCUGUCAUAAGAUGCAUGUUUAUAACUGUAGUUUCAGUCUCUUCAUGUCAAAUAUGCAGCGUGUGAAUCAUUGCAGCAGGUUCUGCAUCAUGUCAGUAACUGAAAUCACAGCUGUGUUUGAGCAGGAUGUGUUCAUGACAGUGAGGUCAGAGAUGAUAAUGUGUGAGCUGCACAUGGUAAAUCAGUGGGUCACAAACUGGUGAUCAAACGUUCUUCUGCUUCGAGUGUUUGGAAUGAGGAAGAAGCACUUUUAGUUUGGAUGAAGGGUGGGGCUCAAGUUUUACAGGCUGAUGAGCAGAGGUCCAGCAGUCAAACUCACAUGUGUAGAGAUGAGAGCUUGAGGGUGAACUAAUGAGAACGUUCACCAGAGUUACUUCAUCACUGAGGUGAAAAACUAUUGGCUUCAGCGUUUUCUGAACACUGAGACCUGCUCCUGAACAGACCGUCCACGUCCUCCCUGCAGACGUCUCCUCGUCCAACAAGAUGCACAAACUAUUUCUGUUUCUUGCUUUUCUUCACGUUUCAUCAUCAGUAAAACAUACAUUCAAAAUUGCAUAUUUUACAACUACUGGAAUCCCUCACCUCCCACAGUCUAUGUCCAUGGCACUGGUUGAUGACACUAUGAUCACUUACUGCGACAGCAACAGAAAAAUGGAAGUUUUUGGGGCUGUAGCCAAAAAAACUGUGAAUAGAUACCCUGACCUUCAAAGACUUCACAGUGUGGAAUGUUUUGAGAACCUUCCCAAGUUUUUAAAGGCCGCACUUGAUGGUGUCAUGCAACUCUUCAACCAAACUGAAGGUGUUCACUGUUUACAGGGAAUACAAGGCAGCGAGUGGAACCAAAACACUGAAGAGAUUUCUGGAUUUUUAUACUACGGUUAUGAUGGAGAAGAUUUUAUGUCAAUGAACCUGAAGAAUCUGACAUUGAUUCCUCUGAAACAAGAAGCUGUUGUCAUUAAGCAGAUCUUGGAUAAAGACAUAGCUUUUAUAAAAGAGACAGAGUAUCACGUGACCCAUACUUACCCUGAGUUGCUCAAGACGUAUUUAAAUUAUGAGACUGAGAUGAGAACAGGUCGUCCCUCAGUGUCUCUGCUCCAGAAGUCCCCCUCGUCUCCAAUCAGCUGCUUCGCUACAGGUUUCUACCCAAACAGAGCCGACAUGUUCUGGAGGAGAGAUGGAGAACAGACCCAUGAGGACGUGGACCAUGGAGAGAUCCUCCCCAACCCUGAUGGAACCUUCCAGAUGAGCGUCCACCUGGACCUUUCAUCAGUCACAGCUCAGGACUGGAUCAGAUAUGAAUGUGUGUUUCAACUGUCUGGAAUGAAGGACGACGUCAUCACCAAACUGGACCGAGCUGUGAUCAAAACUAAUGAAGGAAACUCCAUGAGUCUGAUCAUCGUCAUCGUUGCUGUGGUUGUUCUUGUUGCACUUGUUGUUGUGAUUGGAUUCAUCGUCUACAGAAAGAGAAACGCCAAGCGACCUCCAUGUCCUGUGCACGAAUGUGGAGUAUUGGAGCAACUGAGUCCUGAGGUCCAAACUCAGCAGCUUGAACCCAGUGAGGACUAGAAGAGCAGAGGUUGGUGUUAGAGCUGCGUCUGUGCUGCUGCACCUUCCUCCUCUGACGAUGAGGAAGCACUGCAUUAAGCACACAUUAAAGCAUGUUGAUGUAUUGGUGAGAGCAGAUGAACCUCAUUCCUCUGAGGUUCCUCCUCAGAGCUUCCAGCAGCUGCUUGUGUGGCGGCUGGUGCCGGACUGAUGCUGCUGCUGGUCGGCGCCACUGGACUCUUCAUCAGCAGGAGGAGGAUGAGGAGGAAGGGCUUCUCACCGACGAAGAGUAGGUGAAACACCGUCAGCACCCAAACAGUGAAUCUGCUGUUUUUGAGGUAAAAGUGUGAAAUGUUCAAAUGCAUUUUCCUUCUGUAGCUUCAGAUUCUUCAUCAUCAUCAUCAUCAUCAGACAAAAAUGAAUGAUCACAGUGAGUCCUUUACUCUUAACACAUUCUACAACUGAUCUCAUCUUUUCCACAUUUUAUUUACUAUUUUUAUUUCUAACCAUCAGAUGUUUUCGUCCUAAAAGGCUGAAGAUCAGUGGAUUGUUUGUAUUGAAGCUCGUUCUGAAACCAUGUGAUGUCACAACAUCAUUUGUUGUUUGUUUACACUGUCAAACUGUCACAGUUUCAGUCUGUUUCCUGUUUUACUUUGAAAGGACCAACCUUGUCACUGCUACUUCCGGUUUUCAUUACACACACCUGCCGUUAUCAGUAAAAUUAGAGGAACAAUCAAACUUGACAAAUAAUAAAAUAGAACAUUCAACAGAAGCGUCUGUGCCAUGUUUCAACAGCAGUAAUAAUCAACACAGGAUGAGACUACUUUUUUAAACAGCUUAUGGGAGGUGUGUUGCAAAUAAACAAUGUAAGAAAUGACCUUGUGUUUGUACAGUAACAGCAUGGAUUUAAUAAACCAGUUUCAUCAGA